AUGUCCGGCAGUUAUGAAUUUCCCGAGACACCACCGAAUCCUCAAACGGGCAAGGCUAGGAUUGCGGUAGCUCCCGUCCACCACGAGCCGCCGCCACCUGCAACGGUCGCACAACUGUCUCGUUUCGGGCCUCGAUGGAACAUCAGAGACAUUCAAGCUCAGCUCUCUCAAUACGUUCUUGAGAUGGGCAUCGUCGAGGGCACAACAGACGAGUGGCAACGAACCCAAGAUCCCGAGGCCGACUUCACCUUUCAUUGUGCUCUGGACAUCAUGGCUGCAUCGCUUUUCCGUGCCAAGCAACUCGUCUUACGCCAUCGAUGGGGCUUCAGCGAGGCGGAAACUAUCUUGAUUGCCAAGGAAGUCAAGAACAUGGAUUGGGGCAUGGCGCAUCUCCUUUACAGCUUUGUGGCGGUCAGACAUCUCGAGACCCCAAUCAUGGCUUGGAAUGUCGGGACUGGAAUCGAGAGACAUUUUCACCUUUAUUUGUCCUUCGAGAAAGCUCUCGAGGGCAAGUUGACCGGGGAGGCUAAGGAUGAGAUCGAGAAGUGGUUUGAAAAGACGAACAAGUACUUUGAAGAGGUUAUUGUUCUGUUCAAGGGGCCACCUGGAAGCAAGAGACCCGAGGCGAAUCCUGAAGAAGGCAAUUUUGCCGAAAUCGAUGAACCUGCCCCAGGCCACCCUAAGGAACUUGCUGAUGUUGCUACUCACUGA